UUUAUCCCCUUUUCUUGGAGAACGUGAACAAUGUUAAUGCAACCAAGUGAUAAUCUGCAAAUGGGAAAGAGUGUUAUAUUACCAUUAUUUAUGUUUCACUUCUUGAUUAAACUAAUUCAAUCUUUUUGUUUAUGUUAAUCUUUUCCAUGUUGUCCCUAAUAUCUCUUUAUAUUCUAUACUUUUGAACAGAAAAAAUAAUAGAAAUAUACCAGUAUUACAACUAAUAAAAGACUUACCAUUUCUGCAGUUUCCUCCUGUCUCCUCUCUCUGACACAGUAGAUUUUACAUUUUUCCCUAUUAUAUUCAGAUUUGAAAAAUCCCAUUUUUUAUGCAUAUUUUGAGCUACUUGUCCCCCAUUUCUCUGCAAUGAAACAAUAUGUUCUCUUUCUACAAUCUGUAUUUUAACAUAUUCAAUUAUAGUCACCACACCCCUUGUAGACUGGUAUGAAGUUGCCUGGCAAAUGUCACAAACUGACAUUUUGAGCUAAAACUGCACUUCCACCUUCAAUUCUGGAUCUAAAUUUACAAUCUUUCUUGAUUUUGAAAGAACCCCAUUUGAGUUAAAGUUAUAACAAUGGUGGGUUUAGGUGAUUCUUGGUGUUUUUGUAAUGUGGGUUUACAAGUUUGAAGAAAUCUAAAGUUACAGUCUUUCUUGAUUUUAAAGGAACCCCAUUUGAGUUAAAGGUAUAACAAUGGUGGGUUUAGUAGAUUCUUGGUGUGUCUGUAAUGGGGGUGGCAAGUCUGAAGAAAUCUAAAGUUUCAAUCUUUCUUGAUUUUAAGAGAACCCCGUUUGAUAUAAAGCUAUAGCAAUGGUGGGUUUGGCUGAUUCUUGGUGUUGUUGUAAUGGGGGUGGCAGUCAGAGAAACUGAAAGCUACUACCAUUUCGAGCUAAAGUGCAAUUUCACCUUCAAUUCCUGAUCUAAAAUUUUUACACUCUUUCUUCAUUUUUAAAGAAGCCCCAUUUGAGUUAAAGCUUUAAGAAUGGUGGGUUUGGUUGAUUCUUGGUGUUUCUGUAAUGGGGGUGGCAAGUCUGAGAAAAUGAAAGCUACCAUUUUUUCAGGCAAAGGUCCUGCUAUGGCUCAUAUAGCUGUGAAUGGCACUGGUUUCUUGAUCCACAGGAAUUUGCUGCUUACUACCCAUGUAGUUCUUCCUUCUGUUGCUGCUGCUGAAGCUGCUGAGAUCCGUCUUCAAAACGGUGUUGCUGCUCGCCUUUUUCCCCAUAGGUUCUUUAUAACCAGCUCCGUACUAGAUCUGACUAUAGUAGGCCUUGACGUCAUGGAUGGAGACACAAAUGCACAUGUUCAGCAACCUCAGUACCUGAAAACUUGUUCUAAACCUAAUCUUGAGCUGGGUAAUGUUGUCUAUCUGUUAGGUUAUAGCGAGAAAAAGGAGUUGACAGUUGGCGAAGGAAAAGUGGUAAUAGCCACUGACAACCUUAUAAAACUGUCAACUGAUGGAAUAACUUGGAGGCCAGGUUCUGCUGGUUUUGAUGUUCAUGGCAAUCUAGCCUUUAUGGUGUGUGACCCUAUGAAGCUGGCAAAAUCUCCAAACGCGAAAUCCUCAUCAACUUCACCAUCCCCAUUAUCAGCAUGGAAAGACUGUCCCAUGCAAUUUGGUAUACCCAUCCCUAUCAUAUGCGACUGGUUAAACCAACACUGGGAAGGAAGCCUUGAUGACCUCAACAAACCCAAGUUACCGCUGAUUCGGCUGAUGUCUUCUGGUCAAAGAAGUGAGCAUUCUUGUGCAUCCUUCACAAUGCGGCGUGUUUUUAAGUCAACUGAAGCUGAAAAUGACAGGACACCAUCAUCUUCAAACCGAUUGCCCCGACCUAGAGAAGAUCCUGGACCAAGUUGUUCUGCUGUUGCCACUAACUUGGAAGAGGAAGCAGUAAUCACUGAUCCACAUGUUAUCCCUCAUGUACAGGGAGUUCCAACUCCUGAAAUUUUUGAGUCGCGGAGGUCAACUUCAACACCAGUUGGGAAGAACGGGAAUACUCAAAUCCAGCUUUUGGAUAUUAACUUUCCACCAAGGAUCAACAUCAAAGCUGAUGGAUCACCACAGCAUGUCAGAAAGACCCUAUCCAACUCUGAUGAUAAUUGUACCAAUAAAGCGAGAGAAGAAAAUUCUAGUGACAUUGGCCAGCUAAGCGCUGUGCCAGACGCUGAAGUUGCCUCUACUGGAUCUGUUAAUGGAGCACAAAGUGAGGUUGAAUCAAGUUGCUGCCUCAUAGAGGUAUUGGAAGCUCAACACGAAUACAGCAGUGAUGGAGAGAUGACAAUGUACUCUGCAGAAACUGCUGAAAGCAGAAACUAUCCAAGUCCUAAAGGGGGGAGGUUUCAGCAAGUAGGAAGAAGCCAAAGUUGCAUUAACUACAAUAGAUGGGGCCCGGUUUCAAAAAAUUCAGCAGCUCGUAGGGCAAUGCAAGAACAGAAGAGGAACGAUAUGCAAGGAAGAAAGGUCUACUCCCAAGGAGCAACUUCGCAAAGGAGUAAUGACUAUUACAGCCCGACAGUAUCUUCAAUCAUGAAGAAACGCAACAACUUGGAGCCGCAAAUCAGACCACCACGUCUAAGUGCAGGAAAUUCAUCACCAAGAUGGAUGUUCUGAUUGAUAAAUUCUGAAAAAUAUCAUUCUUUAUAUGACAUUCUCCUUUUUUGGGCUUAUACUGAGACCUCCCUCAUUGCAAAGAAAUUAAAAAGAAAGCUGGAGAAAACUCGAGCAAAGUUACUUGCUGAUUUUCGAUUGUAGGUGCUACAGGUUAUUGGUCUUUCACUGGAACUUCAAUGACAUUCUGUGCACUUUAUGCUGGAGAAAGAUCCUUGAGGCAUCUUCAACAGUCCCAACAUUUUCACCAGUUAGGUUUGAUUAGUAACUGCUGCUUAUCAUUCUGUUUACGUACAAAGCAAAAUAGAUGAAUGCAACAUAGAAUUCUAGUAUGACGGGAAGCAUCAGAUACCCCAAAGCAAAUGUUCUAUCUUGUGUUCUCUGAGGUAAAUAAUACUCUGGAAAAGUGACUUGCUUUUUCUCUAAAGAUUAAAUUAACUACCUUGCUUUUUCUCU